AUGGAGGUACCUAAGAAAACACAGGCGUGUAACGAGGACGAGCUGAAGGGACUGAUCGAGAGACAAGGCUUGAAAAAGUACAAUCAACCGUGCAAACCACGCCAGGUAGAAACCGUUGCAAGUCUGAUCCGCGGACGAAACACGUUCUUGCUGGCGGCGACCGGGUUUGGGAAAUCUCGAAUUCCAGAGCUGUAUCUUGACCUGCUCUGCAAAGAUCGCAGCGGUGACAUCCAAGGUGUGGUGGUGGUGUUGAACCCCCUUGACGCGCUGGGUGACAACCAAGUCGCAGAGAAGAUCCAAGCUGGCUUCACUGCCAUUAACCUCACCCAGCUUAACUUCAUUGUGCAAGGCAAUCCACUGUAA